ACUCCUCUUCACUGGGCAGCAAUCAACGCCCAGAUUGCAACCUGUCGCUAUCUCAUAGAACAGGGCGCGGAAAUAGACGCCAUAGGGGGUGACUUAAAGGCCACUCCUCUGCAAUGGGCUGCCCGCAAUGGAUACCUCUACAUCGUACAACUGCUCAUAUCCCACAAUGCUGAUCCAACUAUCGCUGACACCCAAGGCUACAACUCCCUCCACCUCGUAACACACUCAUCAUCAGUAAUGCCGCUCCUUUACUUACUGCAUCAGCCUGUGAACGUCGAUUCUCGUGACUUGCAAGGUCAUACGUCAUUGAUGUGGGCGGCAUAUCAAGGCGAUGCAUUGUCUGUGGAUCUUCUGCUCAAGCACGGCGCAAAUCCUAACUUGAAAGAUGAUGCUGGGCUUACUCCUUUACACUGGGCUGUGGUCCGAGGCAAUAGAGUUAUCCUCCGGCGCCUCAUCGAGAUGGGGGCAGACAUGCAUGUAAAAGAUCUUGAAGGCCGUACA